CGAUCUUUUUAAUUUUUUUUUUCGUGCCAUUGUCACGUAGACACACUUUUGGCACACCGUUUUUCAAUUGCUUGUAAGAAUGGGCAUUGAAAAAUACUUUUCCGCGAAUAAGGUUAAGGAGGGCAACACUGGCAAUGCCAAUCCUACCAAAGCCAAACGCGUGCACCGUAUCGCUAUUGAAUCGGACGAUGACGAAGAUUUUCAGCAGCCCAUUUCAGUAGCUACCGCGAAUCAUGCCAAGAUGCCCAAUAAUUCCUCAGCAAAGCGAUCAGAGAAAAACGUAUCUGCAUCGCCUAGCCCUGAUCCAGAACAGAGACCAAGGAAACGACAGCAGAUACAGGAGCCAACCAAAGAAUAUGUCGAUCCCAAGGAUUUUUUUGCGUCGAGCAAAAAGAGUAAGCCGGCCAAAGCGCUUCGAGAAAAUAUGCAGCGAGCUGUUCCUGUAAAUGAAGAGAUCAAACGCAAAGAGACCCGUGCUCCCGAAGUGUCAAAGAUCCAAUCCGACGUGUCAACGGUACCGAGUCGUGAUGGAAACGAGGUAGCGAGAGAAACCAUCGAUUCAUCGCAAAUCGUGGUUCCCGACGUUACCUCGGUGAAAGCACCUAUCGGCGAAAAUAAAUCGACGCCCAGUCCGUUAAAAAAGGAGCGUUCAGAAUCUAUAACGAAAACAGACACACCAUCAUCCACACCCCGCCAGGGUCAGCUUUCACCUGUAAAGCCCGCUCCCAUGCCAAAGUCAGUGAACAAAGCUGAGCCAGUGAACAAAAUCAAGGAGACCAAGGUAGCUGAAAAAGCAGAAAAUGGGAUGGCUUCGCCAAUGGCGGCAACCAGUACCAAAGAAACCAUAUCCGUACCGAAACCUAAAGCGGCACCUCCCACUCCGUCCGCUAUUGAUAAAGGAAAACAAAAGGCUGGACCGCUUACGAAUCAAAGUCCAGUCUCCCGUCGUGUGGAUUCAGAGGAAAAUUCUCUGUGGACAGAAAAGUACAAACCCAAAACGAUGAAUGAGAUCAUUGGCAACAAGGAAAUGGUGAAGCAGAUUGCUUCAUGGCUUCAGCGUUGGCAACCCAAUGUGACGAUAUCGAAGCCUGUUGAUAACGACAUUCACACUUUUCGUGGUGUCUUGAUCAGUGGUCCACCAGGCAUCGGCAAAACCACCACGGCCCAAGUAGUGCCGAAAGAACUCGGUUAUGAAGUAUUGGAAUUCAACGCCAGUGAUGUUCGCAACAAAAAAGUGCUCGAGGAAAAUCUUUCAGAAAUGAUGGAUAAUCGCACCAUGACCGAAUUUUUUAUGGCCGGAAAACCAUCGGUUACGUUACCCAAGGGCAAGAAGAUUGUGCUUGUUAUGGAUGAAGUGGAUGGUAUGUCAGCAGGGGAUCGUGGUGGAGCUGCGGAAUUAGCCAAUCUGAUCCGAAAGUCAAAGAUUCCUGUGAUAUGUAUAUGUAAUGAUGUGCGAUCCAAAAAGGUAGCGCCGCUACUGAAAGUCUGCUUUGAUGCACGGUUCAAAAGAACGCCGGUCAAUCAAUUACGUGCACGCAUCAUGACGAUAGCAUUCAGAGAGAAAUUGAAAAUGGGAGCGGGGGCUUUGGAUGAAUUGGUGGCCUCGACGGGAAAUGAUGUGCGCAAAAUUAUCAACAUCAUGUCAACGUAUCGAUUAAAGGAAGAGUCGAUGACCUAUGAUCAGGCCAAGAUCACUGGUGAAAAGAAUGAAAAAUAUGCGCAAAUGAGCGUCUUUGAUAUCCCGCACGCUCUGUUAAGUUCGACUUCCUGGCAUUCAAAAAACUUGGCACAAAAAUCGGAGGUGUAUUUCCACGAUUAUUCGCUUGCCCCGCUGAUGGUAUUUGAAAACUAUUUGAGAUCGACGCCGGAAAAGGCCGCUCAGAUGUCUAAAUCGGGCUCGCCACGAGAUAUUGGUUGUUACACCAUGGAAUUAGCCUCCAAGGCCGCCGAAGCCAUGGCGGACGGUGACUUGGUUGACACGAUGAUCCACGGCACCGUGCAGCAUUAUUCUUUGAUGCCGCUUCACUCCAUUUUCUCAUGUGUCAGUCCAGCUUCGUUUAUGGAAGGUAGUCUGUCGGGCGGUUUCCGACUGAAUUUCCCUGCAUGGCUUGGACAAAAUUCGAAAGCUGCGAAAUACGCACGACUUAUGAGUGAUGUGCAGACCCACAUGCGAUCAAAGGCUUCCGGAGAUAAAUACGAAAUACGACAACACUAUGUGCCCACCCUGAAUGCCCGAAUUUUUAGCAAUCUAAAACAGGAAAAUUACCAAGAGGCCAUGCGUGUGCUCGAUUCGUAUUAUCUCGAUCGAGACCAUCUCGACACACUCAGCGAAAUUUGCCUUGGACCUCAAGCCCCAUUGAGCGAACUCCCCACCAAAACGAAAUCUUCAUUUACACGACUUUACAACUCAAGUCAACAUCCGAUAUUGUUUCAAACGGGUGGCACUCCAAUUAAAAAGGCAAUAUCAACUCCGUCGGAAGAUCUGGAAGGGGCUAUAUUUGAUGACGAAGAAGCUGAUUAUGGUGAAGCGGUGUCCGAAGAAGAAGAUGACGAAAAGGCCAACGAUGAGAAUGCAUUGGAUGAUGAUAAACUUAUUCGUCAAAGCAAAAAGAAAAAGCCGGCCAAACGAAGCAAAUCGGCUCAAGCUGGACGCUCCACCACGAAGAAGCGAAAGACAUAAGAUUUCUCUCUCUCUCUGUAGGCCAUCCCCUCAUUGUCCCCUUUUUUUCAUUUUUAUAAUUCAUGCCUUGAUUUCUUCUUCUUCUACAUCCUUUAGAGUCAAACAGAGGCCGUUGUAAAUAUAUUUUCAUUAUUUAAGAAAAGUACACUUCUAUAUAAAAAAAAUUCAUGUUGGCUGAGCAAGAAAUUU